AGUACGGAGCAGAGUCUGUAGUAUCUGGCUGUCUGUCUAUGAAGAGUGACUGGUCCAAAUCUCUACCUCCAGACUUGAGUAAUACACCUGGACACUCAGACACGAUAUUUCAGAGCAGACACAGAGCAGAGUCUGUAGUGUCCAACUGUCUGUCUAUGAAGAGUGACUGGUCCAAAGAUGAACCUCUGAACUUCAGUAAUGAACCUGGACCCUCAGACACAAAAUUUCAGAACAGACACAGAGCAGAGUCUGUAGUGUCCGUCUGUCUGUCUAUGAAGAGUGGUUGGUCCAGAGAUGAACAUCUGAACUUCAGUAAUGAACUUGGACCCUCAGACACAAAGAAGAGGAAGAGGAGUGAUGAGGAGGAGCAGCUGUCCUGCUGUGCUUCCUGUCAGGACGUCCUGAAGGAUCUCGUCUCUACCAGCUGUGGACACUGGUUCUGCAGACGCUGCAUCAGCUCAUACUGGGACCAGUCUGCUUCACAAGGAGACUCCUCCUGUCCCCAGUGUGGACAAAGAUCCAGAACCAUGCCUGGAGGUCUGCAGGAGGUUUUAGAUGAGCAUAAGAUCAGUCUGAGGAGGAGAUAUGAACGUGUGACUGAAGGAAGUGAUGGAACAGGAAGUGGAACCCUCCUCAACAGGAUCUACACUGAGCUCUACAUCACAGAGGGACAGAGUGAAGAGGUUAAUGCCCAACAUGAGGUGAGGCAGCUGGAGACAGCUUCCAAGAAGAAGACCGUCCACGACGCUCCAAUCAAGUGCCAGGACAUCUUUAAAGCCUUACCUGACCAACAGGGACACAUCAGAGUGGUUCUGACCAACGGCGUCGCUGGCGUUGGAAAAACCUUCUCGGUGCAGAAGUUCAGUCUGGACUGGGCAGAGGGUUUGGAGAACCAAGAUGUCAGUGUGGUGAUUCUGCUUUCCUUCAGGGAGCUGAACUUGAUCAGAGGUGAGCAGUACAGUCUUCUGGAGCUGCUCCAUGUUUUCCAUCCAACAUUACAGAAGGUCACAGCAGAGAAGCUCGCCGUCUGUAAGCUUCUGUUCAUCUUUGACGGCCUGGAUGAAAGCAGACUUUCUCUGGAUUUCAACAACAAGGAGGUUGUGUCUGAUGUCACACAGAAGUCAUCGGUCAACGUGCUGCUGACAAACCUCAUCGAGGGGAAUCUGCUUCCCUUGGCUCUCGUCUGGAUAACAUCCCGACCCGCGGCGGCCAAUCAGAUCCCUCCUGCGUGUGUCGACAGGGUGACAGAAGUACGAGGCUUCACUGACGCCCAGAAGGAGGAGUACUUCAGGAGGAGGGUCAGUGAUGAAGAGCGCUCCAGCACAAUCAUCUCACACAUCCAGACAUCCAGGAGCCUCCACAUCAUGUGUCUGAUCCCAGUCUUCUGCUGGAUCACUGCUACAGUUCUGGACCACAUGUUGACUACAGAGCAGAGAGGAGAGCUGCCCAAGACCCUGACUGACCUGUACUCACACUUCCUGCUGGUUCAGACAAAGAAGAAGAAGCAGAAGUACGAUGAGGGACAUGAGAUGAGUCCACAGGAGCUGAUGGAGGCUGACAGAGAAGUUCUUCUGAAGCUGGGGAGGCUGGCGUUUGAACAGCUGCAGAAAGGAAACAUCAUGUUCUACCAAGAAGACCUGGAGCGCUGUGGUCUGGAUGUCACAGAGGCCUCGGUGUACUCAGGAGUUUGUACAGAGAUCUUCAAAAGAGAGAGUGUGAUCUUCCAGAAAACAGUCUACUGCUUCGUUCAUCUGAGCGUUCAGGAGUUUCUGGCUGCAGUCUACAUGUUCCACUGUUACACCACCAGGAACACAGAGGUACUGGAGGCUUUUCUGGGGAAAGACUGGGACAUGAAAAACAGUGACCCAUCCCUGGAUGUCUUCCUGAGGAGAGCCAUGGAGAAAUCCCUCGAAAGUAAAAAUGGCCACCUGGACUUGUUUGUUCGCUUCCUUCAUGGCCUCUCUCUGGAGUCCAACCAGAGACUGACAGGAGGCCUGCUGGGUCACACAGACAACAGUCCAGAAGUCAUCCAGAGAGCCAUCAACAACCUGAAGGAGAUGAACACUAAGAAGAUCUCUCCUGAUAGAAGCAUCAACAUCUUCCACUGUCUGAUGGAGAUGAACGACCUCUCAGUCCAUCAGGAGAUCCAAGAGUUCCUGAAGUCAGAGAACGGAUCAGGGAAGUACAUCUCUGUGAUCCACUGCUCAGCUCUGGCCUACAUGCUGCAGAUGUCAGAGGAGGUUCUGGAUGAGUUGGACCUGAAUAAUUACAACACAACAAGGGAGGGAAAACAGAGACUGGUUCCAGCUGUGAGGAACUGCAGGAAAGCUCAACUUUCUUGCUGUGAACUCUCUGAGACUCACUGUGAAGUCGUGGCCUCAGCUCUGAAGUCCAACCCCUCCCAUCUGAGAGAGCUGUACAUGAGUCACAACAACGACCUGAAGGAUUCAGGAGUGAAGCGUCUGUGUGCUGGACUGGAGAGUCCAAACUGCAGACUGGAGACUCUGAGAUUGGUGAGCUGCAGUUUGUCAGAGAUCAGCUGUGCUUCUCUGGCUUUAGCUCUGAAGUCCAACCCCUCCCAUCUGAGAGAGCUGUGGCUGGGCUGGAACGAGCUGCAGGAUUCAGGAGUGAAGCUGCUGUGUGAUUUUCUGCAGAGUCCAAACUGCAGACUGGAGACUCUGGGAUUGUGGAGCUGCAGUUUGUCAGAGAUCAGCUGUGCUUCUCUGACUUUAGCUCUGAAGUCCAACCCCUCCCAUCUGAGACAGCUGGAGCUGACCAACAACAAGCUGCAGGAUUCAGGAGUGAAGCUGCUGUGUGAUUUUCUGCAGAGUCCAAACUGCAGACUGGAGACUCUGGGAUUGGAGGGAUGCAGUUUGUCAGAGAUCAGCUGUACUUCUCUGGCUUUAGCUCUGAAGUCCAACCCCUCCCAUCUGAGAGAGCUGGUGCUGUUUGGAAACAACCUGCAGGAGUCAGACGUGAAGCUGCUGUGUGAUCUGAAGGAGAGUCCACACUGCAGACUGGAGACUCUGGGGUGGUCCUGAUCUCCAGUAAAGUCCAGUCCAGCAUGGUCCCUGUGUUCCUCUGAUGUGACAGAGUAUCAUCAGAGGAUGUGGACUGCUCUGCUGCUGCUCUGUCCUUCUCUCUGCAGACACACUGAGACUCCUCCACCUCCGUCUGUUGUUUCAUUCAUUCAUAUAAUCUGAACUCAGAGUUCCUCUGCACAUUAGUUCUCUUCAUGACAACAUGACUGUACAUCAACACAUUUAGAUGCAUAGUUCUGCUUUGUGUUCUGUUACAGCUCCACCCUGUGGAAUAAAGGGGAAUUGUAGUUAAUUUCCACAGAUUUGUAAAGAACAUUAGAAGUUGAUCUUACCUUAUUACUACAAUAUCAGCAGUUUCUCAUAUAAUAACAUGAAUAUUUGAUUGUUGUAGAAGUUAAAACCUUGAAGGCCUCACUAAAAUUUCUCAAAUAAUAACUAACAGAUUAUGUUUAAAGUACUUAUCCUGUUACCAGACAAGAAACAACUCUCAAGUCUUGAAAGAGUUUUUAAAGUCUUUAAAAUCUAACAUAUCUCCUGAUAAAAUGGGUGUAAAUAUAUACUAUGCACAUUUUUUCUCUCUUUAAAUUCUAUUUUUUAUGAAAAUGUGACCCAUUAAAGUUGUUUUCCAUU